UAAUAGUUUUAUUUCUAUUAAUAUUAGCCUACAUAUACUAUAAAAAUUUGUAGGCAGUAAUUUCACGUCGUAAAAAGUGUUAUUGUUUUGCAUGGUUUACAUAAAAAUACAACUCUGUUCUUAACAAAGCGCUUCUAUUUAAAGGCGAGAUUGAUAAAAAAUUAGUUGGAUUUUCAAAGGUUGUUGUUUAUUUUAAAACAAUGGAUAGUUUUACUGGUAAUGCAGAUGGUGAGAGCAGUGUAGAAUUUGAUGAACUCGAAAGACCUGCAUUAUUUUUAACUGGAACAAUUAAUAAACAUUCAGAUACCAAGUCUGUUUUCAACAUAAGUGUUCCUGACUUAUUUGAGCAACCAAAUGAUGAAGAAAAAAAUUAUGAGGCCAAAUUAAUAAACGAAUUGAAUGAAUGGCAGAAACUAUCCGCCAAAGCCUAUCAACAAUGUCAAAAUGCCAGGGAAAAACAUUCGAUCAUUGAUCGCUCAAUUUUAUCACCAGAGAACCAGGCUGAGUUGGAAAAAGCGCCAUGUUUACAGAAAUUUAUUGCCGAUAGUGUCGAGUUCAGGGAAAUGGCUGAUUGUUACUUAAAUGUGUGUUGUGAAGAAAUACUCAAAAUGCAGUCAAAUGCUUUACAAUAUAAAGAACAUCACUUAAACAAUGUAAAAUUAAAUAAAAUUGCACAAAUGAUGAAAAAUUAA